AAAGAACCUCUCCAUCGAAUCGAUUCGUCUUGGAAAAUGAGAAGCCUAGCUAUUAAAAAACAAAACAAAACAGGGCAAGCUUUCUAGCAAAGCAUCACUGAUAUCAGAACUGUAGUGGGCAACUUAAUAUCACGUGAAAUCCUAAAGGCCGACCUAUAUAUUCUUCCUUCCACAUCCUCGAACCUCACAACCCACCUUCAAGAACCAUAGUUGACGAAUAUAUGCCUGUUCAUUUGGAUUGCGUUCUGAAUUUGCUUAGCAAACGCUUUUCAUCUUCCUCUCUUCACCAAACAGAAGCUGACCCAAAUUGACCCGACGACUGUUAACAGGGACAGAGAAAGUGGGAGAGACACGCAUCUCGGCGUUCCAUAAAAGGCCCAAUCUUUUCUUCGAACUUAUCUGAGCCAGAGCUUGAGAGAAAAACUGGAGAUUUAAACGCCGGAAAAAGCUGAAAGUUUGCGUCUUUCAUCGGUUCUGAGAAGAUGCAGGGCACUACGAUGACGGCGUUCAUGGCGUCGAGGCCGCCGUUGACGGAGCCGGAGCAGAACUUACCGUGCCCGCGCUGCGAGUCGACCAACACGAAGUUCUGCUAUUAUAACAACUAUAAUCUCUCUCAGCCGCGCCACUUCUGCAAAGACUGCCGUCGUUAUUGGACUAAAGGCGGAACCCUCCGUAACGUUCCUGUUGGCGGUGGAACCCGUAAGAACUCCAAGCGCUCCUUAUGCUCCUCCGGAGCCGCUUCCCCCUCUGCCUCCGGCGGCGUCAGUUCCAAACGCCCCUCACCGUCCUCAUCAGCCGGCGAGGUUAAAAACUCGGAGCUUUUCUCUUCUUCCGUCCCGACUGUUGACAAUGAUCACCGGAUGCUCGACAUGACCGGAAGCUUCAGCUCUCUGCUUUCUUCAACAGCGCAAUUUGGGAAUUUCUUUGAAUGCUUUCAAUCUCUUGAUUCAUUGCCUAUUUUGAAGGGUGUGACUCGCCCUAUGCGGGAGCCGGAGGCGCAGAGCCCGGCUGAAAGUAGCGGUAACGAAAGCGCAGCAGCUGCGCCUCCUACCGUGAUGCCGGAGAAUUUUCUUAGCCUACCCGGGGAUACAAGCAGCUGGGCCGGCGGGUGGCCUGAUCUUUCCAUCUACACUCCAGGUAGAAACUUUCAGUGAGAAGGUGAGAAGACUGGAAGAGCAGAAAGAAGUUUAUUUUGGCUUUCUUCUUCUUCUUCUUCCUCCUCUUUUGCCCAUUAACCUUCCCCAUGAAAAAUAUAAUCUUCUAACGAUUGGUUUGGAUGGAUUGCUGAAGGGAUUGUGGUUAGUAGAUGAAUCUUAAUAACUGUUGUUUGUAGAAGUUGUGAUCUUUUUGGUUUCUGGCUUGGUUUUUAAUCUGAUUAUAACUAGUCUUGGCUUGAUUGUGAUGGUAGUAAAGAUUUCUUCUUUUUUAAAGAUUCAUCUUUUGACUAUCACUACAUAUAACUGGUUUAUGUGUAUCCUUUUUCUUCUUAUAAUGCUCUGUGAGUCUUCAUGUA